CCGUCGCGCAUGCGAACGAAGCCCAGACGGCUGGAGCCGCCACCACCGCUGCCGCCGCUUCUGCCGCCCCUGCUGCCCAAGCUGCCGCCUCCACUCCCGGGAGCAUGAAGGACCGAACCCAGGAGCUCCGCACGGCAAAGGACAGCGACGAUGAUGAUGAGGUCACCGUUACCGUGGACCGAGACCGCUUCAUGGAUGAGUUCUUUGAGCAGGUGGAAGAGAUCCGGGGUUUCAUCGACAAGAUCUCAGAGAAUGUGGAAGAGGUGAAGAGGAAACACAGCGCCAUCCUUGCUGCCCCCAAUCCUGAUGAGAAGACAAAAGAAGAGCUGGAAGAACUCAUGUCAGACAUAAAAAAGACUGCCAACAAAGUCCGAUCCAAAUUAAAGAGUAUUGAGCAGAGUAUUGAGCAGGAGGAGGGACUGAACAGGUCAUCUGCAGAUCUAAGAAUUCGGAAGACACAGCACUCGACAUUGUCCCGGAAGUUUGUGGAGGUCAUGUCCGAGUAUAAUGCCACCCAGUCUGACUACAGGGAGCGUUGCAAAGGCCGAAUCCAAAGGCAGCUGGAGAUCACUGGCAGAACCACCACGAGUGAGGAGCUGGAGAACAUGCUGGAGAGCGGGAACCCUGCCAUCUUUGCUUCAGGGAUCAUCAUGGACUCCAACAUCACAAAGCAGGCGCUGAGCGAAAUUGAAACGAGGCAUAGCGAGAUCAUUAAACUAGAGAACAGCAUCCGGGAGCUUCAUGACAUGUUCACAGACAUGGCCAUGCUGGUGGAGAGCCAGGGUGAGAUGAUUGACCGCAUCGAGUACAACGUGGAACAUUCAGUGGACUAUGUGGAGCGGGCUGUGUCAGACACCAAGAAGGCUGUCAAAUACCAGAGCAAAGCCCGAAGGAAGAAAAUCAUGAUCAUCAUCUGCUGUGUGAUCCUGGGCAUCAUCAUCGCUUCCACAUUUGGGGGGAUCUUCGGAUAGACUCCCCCUCCAUCUCCACCCUGGACCGUCCACAACGAGGAGGUGCCAACAGCUGCUGCUAACCACUGAGGCCCCUGGGGAAGCGUCUGCCCCUCCCCCCCUUGUGCUCAUGUCCCGCUCCCCUCCCCCCACACCACAAGGGCUGGCCCCCUCCCAGAGCAGCUGAGCCAUGUCAUGUGCAUGAUCUCAUUGUAACACUGUGUGUGUCUGUGUGGAAGGGGCAUUUGGACCUUGGGGGACGAGGGGACAGAAUGUGGGAGUGGGGUGGGACAGGGGAUGGAAGACGGGGCUAGAAAGGGCUAGGGCUGUAGCUACACGACUGGAAAACCAAGGAAUGGAAUCAAGAAAGGGAAGGAGCAGCCACCAGGCCCAGAAACCCCAAGAGGCCACUGAGAAUUCCUCAGAUUCCCCCCCCCAGUGCAAGGGGCCUGCAGAAGAGAGGCCAGGCCAGGCACCUGACACUCCAGAUCCCCCCAUUUAUUCCCUUAGUGACGUCCAGCCUGGGCGGAGCCGCCAGACCCAUCUUCCCGGUCCUGGCAGUUUCCCUCCUAGCUCAGGGCUCGUAUCACUCCUUCCACAAGCUCCAGGCCUCUGCCCCUUUCUCUGACCUUUGACCACCCCUUCCUGUAUCAAGUCUAGCAAUGGCCAAAAUAGGGUAGGGGCCACUUGGUGCUGUUGCCCACUUCUCAGGGAGGGGGGAGACUUGAGGGACCAGUGGGGUAACACUGCUGAUCACUGCCAGGCUGGGUUCAGGGCGCUGCCCAGGAUUUGGACCUCCAACCCUCUCCAGCGCUUACUCACAGCCUCUGGCUCAUCAUCGUGAGAGCCUAGGGAAAAAUCAACAUGCAGGCCGGUCCCUGACUUCCAUCCACCCCACAAGCCUGAAGGGGGAAACUUCCUCCUGCCCCUCCCCCCAGGGGGGCCUUCCUGGAACCCACAGCUGCCCAGCCUCUGUUCCCCCUCCCCCUGGGGAUCCUGGGAUGGGGAAGGGAGCGGCCGGCAAGGCCUCGACGGAGCUGUCCUGGAGGGAGUCGCCUCCAGCACCCUCGUCUAGUCCUUUGCUCCGGCUACCCUCAGCCCUUGGGGAUGAGGGUCCCCGUGCCCCGUGUAUGUUGCACGUACAGGGCAUGCUCCCUGCCUCCCAUGCUUCACUGUGCCCGUCACGUGCCCCUCCUCCGCCUUCUCCCUCGCUUGAUGUGCCUUGUGCCAGGUUUGACGGGGGUCUCAUUGACACAGUAUCCAACAGCCAGCAGGGGGGCCCUCUCUUCUCACUGUUUGGGACUUUGGGGGAAGUUUAAAAACAAAAUUCCCACCUCAAGCGGCCCUCGCCCCAUUUCUCCCUCCUUUCUGUGGGCAGGCACGGGUUCUUCCCGGGUGGAGUGUGUGUGUGUGAAUGUGUUGCGUGUGCAUGGCGCCCUGGCCAGGGCUGUAUCCGUGCUAUCUGUGCCCCCGCCCUUUGCUCCAGCCCAGUGACCGUGACCGUGACCACUGUCCUGUGCUGCCUUUUCAGCCGCUGCCCUGCCCAUCUCCCUUCUCACCAAAGCUCUUGGUGCAACCAGCUGCCCAUUUUGUGAAGUUUUUAUGUAGAAUAAACAUUUGUAUCUGUACCAGGCAGAAGGCUCCGGUUACCUUAUUCUGUUAAUGACGGGGACAACCUAGAUCGGAGGCCUCAUGUGGCCUCGAGGCCACUGGUUUGCCUCUCCUGAUCUAUACCUUCACACAACAGUUACAAAACUGUCCCUGGAGCACCUAAAGUCUGACUCCUGCCCCAGCCUAGGGGGGUGGCUAAAGGGAGAGCCAGUCAGUAAAUGGAGAAUUCACCAACAAGGCAGCUAGGUGGAACAGUGGAUAGAGGCUGGGCCUGCACUCAGGAAACCUGGACCCACCCCUGAAUGCAGCAGGCAAACAAGCUGGGCAUCGGUAUCCAGCAUCUGACUGUAGGGAAGGGGCUGAGCCAGAGGGGAUGGGGCAAGCAGCUCGCGAUGGCGUGGAAGGAGCAUAGGAGCUCCAGUCGGGCAAAACUGAUCUUGGCAGGAGGGAGUCCUGACCCCUUCUCCACCCCUUUCCUGCUGUGAUGUCAGUGGGCCAUGUCCUGGAGGGCAAUCACAGAGAGGAAGUUGUGCUACCUUCUGUGGAGAACAGAAAAGCAAACCGAGGCCAAGGAGUGGAGUGACCUCAUCUAGUCC